UUAUGUUAAAUGGGUGAAAACUUCCAGUUUCAUUGUGAGUUUAAUAUAACAGUAAACGCUGUGUUUACUGUUAGUGUUAGAUGUUGUUAGUUAACGUGUUAGACCUACGUUUAUUGACAUUAUAAAGUAUACCAAAGUAUCAACGAAAAAGUUUAAGAUUCUUUAGAGCAGCAUAUCAGGAUUGCAGAUGGACACAUGCGUCAUUCAAGUUACCAAUGUUGCCCCAGUGGCCACCCUGGAGCAAAUGUCAACUUUAUUUGGCUAUCUUGGAAAAAUUGAACAAAUUCAGAUGUACCCUUCAGAUGACUCUAUCAUUCAACCAUUGUCCCGAGUAUGUUAUGUGAAAUUUGCAGAGUCCUGGAGUGUGGGAGUUGCUCAGCAUUUGACAAAUACUGUCUUUAUAGACAGAGCUCUAAUCGUAGUUCCAGUACCUGAUGGAAUAGUUCCUGAUGAAAGUAAAGCAAUGGCUCUGACAACUCCAACUUCAAGUAUAUCUGGGAUGAGCCCUUCCUCUGGAGCUGCACAGCUUGUUAAUCAGGUUACAGGAGUGGGUGGUACCCAGGUAAUAACCACUGUUGAUCCACGUCUCACAGCAUUGGGUCUUCCACAAUAUCCUCCUCUGCCAGCAAACAUGGACCCAACAAAAAUUGAAGAGAUCCGUCGCACUGUUUACUGUGGCAACUUAGAUUCUACUUUGACAGCUGAGCAACUGUUGAAGUUUUUCAACCAGAUAGGAGAGGUGAAGUAUGUACGCAUGGCAGGAGAUGAAACACAACCCACUCGAUUUGCUUUUGUGGAAUUCACUGAACAGGCUUCUGUGGCUAAUGCUCUCCAGUAUAAUGGAGUAAUUUUUGGUGGCAGACCAUUGAAAAUCAAUCAUUCAAACAAUGCAAUUGUGAAACCUCAAGCUAAGAGUUCAGAAGCUGCACAAAGGGAAAUUGAGGAGGCAAUGAAAAGAGUAAGAGAAGCACAAUCACUUAUAACAGCUGCAAUUGAACCAGAAAGAAGAUCAAUAUCUAAAUCGAGGCGGGAAUCACAUCAUCGUUCACGUUCACGUAGUCGAAAGUCCCCAGUCAGGUCUAAAGAUCAUCAUUCUCGAUCAAGAUCAAGGGAUAAAAGGAAAAAGUCUCCAAGCCCACGUAUUCGUAGAAGAACCCGCAGUCGGAGCAGAGAUAGAGUUCGGAAAAAAUCAACCCCACCACGUAGUCGUAGAGAUAGAAGCCGUAGUAGAGAAAGUAAAAAGAAGUCACUUCGAAGCAAAUCUGGUUCAAGGUCUCGUUCAAGAUCUCCUAUCAAGAGCAAGUCCAGUAAAUCAUCUAAAAGCAAAGAAGAUAGUCAUUCUGAGAAAAUUAAAGAUAAAGAUAAGAAAAAAUCUGAUAAAAAAGAUGAAGUUUUAGAAAAAGUACCGAAAGAGACUACUAGUGAAAGUAAAGAAGGUCCAGAACUUCCUGUAACUAAAGAUAAAGUUCCUGAGGAAAAAGAACCUUUAGAUGAUAAGAAGCCUGCUGAGGAUCAGACAAAGGAAACUGAUAAGCCAGAUGAAGAAAAACAAAAGACUAAAGAUGAGAGUGAUCACGAAAUUGAGGAAAAGAAGAAAAAGGAAAAAUCACCAGAGAAGGCCAGACGUUUAAGAAAGUCAAGAUCUCCUAGUAUUCGGAAGCGAUCAAAGUCACCCAGUAAACGGAGAGUAUCUCGUUCUCGAUCCCGCUCAAAAAGAAGGUCUCCAGUAUCCCCAGUAAAACGGAGACGUUCCCGUUCUCGUUCCAUAAGUCGUCGCCGUAGAUUGUCACCAUCACCACGUAGAAGGAGAUCACGUUCCCCAAUGCCACGUCGAAGAUCAAGAUCACCAUGGAGGUCAAGGACUCCCAUCAGAUCUUCUAGGUCACGGAGAGUUUCUCGCUCUCCUAGGCGGUCAAGGACACCAAAACGUAGAUCUCGCACACCAAAAAGACGUUCACGUUCAAGGUCUCCAAAAAGAGAACCAAUUUCCAAACACAAGAAGAAGAAAGAUAAAGAAAGAGAUCGCAGCCGUGAGCGAGAUAAAGACAAAAAGAGAAAACGCAAAGAUAAGGAUGAUGACAAAGACUCUGAAAAAGUCAAGGAAAGUAAAGUAAAGAGAGAUUAUGACGAGGAAGAGAAAGGUUAUGACAGUGGACAAGAAACAGUAAAGAAGAUUAAAGUCAGUGAUAGAGAAUCUAGUGCUUCACCAAUCAAACCUGAGAAAAUAACUACUGCAGCUGCAUCCAGUCCAGAAAGCCCUGCAAAAUCUGAUAUGGAUCUUGAUAGUGACUAGAGAAAGUGUUUGAAACCAGCUAUUCUUUCCAUGGCAGAUAUAUCAGACAUUAGCUGUUGAGUUUCUCUACAUUUUUAUGGCUUUAGUUAACUUUUUCCAUAUCACUAAAAGCCUCUAAAAUAACGUGAGUGUGUUUAGGUUUGGGUAGUUAACCUUAAUUGGAGCAAAAUUUCUCACUGAUAUUCUUUAAUAUUUGAUUUACUACUUUAGUAGUCUGUCUUUAGUUUAAAAAUAAGUUGUACUGCAAUAUGGCUCCUUAUAACCUUUGCUAAAAUUCUUGUUAUAUGUAAUAAAAAAUGUUUUGUGAUGUGAA